UGACAUGGCACAACGAACGAAUAGUCUCAAAAGUCUUGUUUUGCACUUAUUGCACAGUAUUGCAGUAUAUUGUUAACCUAUUUGCGGUGUGUAAAAUAGUGCAAGAAAAAUGGUAUUGGACAUAGAUCUUUUUAGAAAGGAUAAGGGUGGUAAUCCAGAUUUAAUAAAGGAAAAUCAAAAAAAGCGAUUUAAAGAUGUAGCUUUGAUAGACACAGUAAUAGAAAAAGAUACCACAUGGAGAAGUCUUAGACAUAAGGCCGAUACUUGGAAUAAAUUAAAGAACCUUUGCAGUAAAGCAAUCGGUGAAAAAAUGAAGAAAAAGGAAGACCAAGGAAGCCCUACCGAAAGUUUACCAGAAAAUAUAAUAGCUAGUUUUGAAAACUUAGAUCUACAGGGCAUGCAGCCCCUCACUGUAAAUCAGAUAAAAAAGAUAAAAACAUUAAUAGAUGAAGCUAUACAAUCAAACGAAGAAGCUUUAUUACGAGUGGAAAUUGAAAGGAACAGUGCCCUGAAAGAAGUAGGAAAUCAUUUGCAUGAGUCUGUUCCAGUAGAUGACAAUGAAGACAACAACAAAGUUGAGAGAACCUUUGGAGAUUUUGAAAGCCGAAAGAAAUAUUCACAUGUUGAUUUAAUAUACAUGAUUGAUGGUAUGGAUGGAGAACGAGGAGCAGUUGUUUCAGGAGGUAGAGGAUAUUAUUUAACCGGUCCAGCUGUUUUCUUAGAACAGGCAAUAAUCCAAUUAGCAUUACGAAUAUUACAUAAAAAAGGGUAUAAACCAUUAUAUACACCUUUUUUCAUGAGGAAAGAGAUCAUGCAAGAAGUUGCUCAGCUCUCUCAGUUUGACGAAGAACUGUACAAGGUAGUAGGAAAAGGCAGUGAAAAAUCAGAAGAAAAAGAAAUUGAAGAAAAGUAUCUAAUAGCAACAUCGGAACAACCAAUUGCUGCUUUCCACAGAGAUGAAUGGAUAGCGGAAAAUAUGCUACCAAUUAAAUAUUGUGGCUAUUCAACAUGUUUUAGGCAAGAAGUUGGAUCCCAUGGUCGUGAUACCAGAGGCAUUUUUAGAGUUCAUCAAUUUGAAAAGGUAGAACAGUUUUGUCUUACUUCACCAUUUGAUAAUAAGUCAUGGGAAAUGAUGGACGAAAUGAUCGCAAAUGCAGAAAACUUUUAUAAAUCCUUGGAAAUCCCUUUCAGAAUUGUAAACAUAGUUUCAGGAGCACUGAAUCAUGCUGCAGCUAAAAAACUGGAUUUAGAAGCAUGGUUUCCAGGAUCAGGAGCUUUUAGAGAAUUAGUAUCAUGCAGCAAUUGUUUGGAAUAUCAAGCUAGAAGAUUACAAGUGCGUUAUGGUCAAACCAAGAAGAUGAAUGCGGUAACAGACUAUGUCCACAUGUUAAAUGCAACUAUGUGCGCUACAACCAGAGUAAUCUGUGCAAUUUUAGAAAACUAUCAAACGGAAUCAGGCAUACGAGUUCCAACAGCCUUAAAACCUUUCAUGCCAGAAGAUUACCAAGAUGAAAUUCCAUUUGUGAAACCCGCUCCAAUCGAUUUAGAAAAAGAUUCUAAGAAGGUGAAAAAACAAAAAGAUGGUAUGAAAAAAGGUGCAGAAAAGUAAAUUAUCACCACCUUUAAAUUGCAUUUAUACACACGCUAAUAAAUAAAUUAUUAACCAGUGAA